CACACACACACACACACACACACACACACAGAGGGACUACCCACCAUAGGCUGUACACAAGCACGCGUGUGUGAGUGUGUGUAUGUUACAGUUGUUGAAUCAAUCCAAAGUUGAAGUUAGGAGUGAUAUAAAGCCACCAUCGUCUUCAUCAUCAUCAUCAUCAUCCUCAGUUCCAGUAGAAGUGUGUGUGGACGCUAGGCUGGCUCUUCCUGGGGUGUAAGGCACUGAGCGCCUGUCAGCAUGGACGCCCAACUACAAGGCCAGCAGCCACCAAUAGCUGUGUUUCAGCCACAGAAGCCGCUACAACCAGAGAUGGGAUACAACAGCUUAGCCAACUUUUACAUCGAGAAGAAGAUCGGACGGGGGCAGUUUAGCGAGGUCUAUCGGGCCAAAUACUUGUUAGACAACACUCCAGUAGCUUUGAAAAAAGUUCAGAUAUUCGAUCUGAUGGAUGCCAAAGCCCGGCAAGAUUGCAUCAAAGAGAUAGAUCUCCUGAAGCAACUAAACCACCCCAACGUAAUUAAAUAUCACGCAUCAUUCAUCGAGGAGAACGAGCUAAAUAUAGUUCUGGAGCUGGCGGACGCCGGGGACCUCUCACGUAUGAUAAAGCAUUUUAAGAAACAGAGGAGGCUGAUCCCUGAGAAGACCGUGUGGAAGUACUUUGUUCAGCUGUGCAGCGCACUGGAGCACAUGCACUCACGCCGUGUAAUGCACAGAGAUAUUAAACCGGCCAACGUCUUCAUCACCGCUACCGGAGUGGUGAAACUAGGCGACCUGGGCCUGGGCCGCUUCUUCAGCUCCAAAACCACCGCCGCACACUCUCUAGUGGGCACCCCUUAUUACAUGUCUCCCGAGAGGAUACACGAAAACGGAUAUAACUUCAAAUCUGACAUCUGGUCGCUAGGCUGUCUGCUGUAUGAGAUGGCGGCUCUUCAGAGUCCGUUCUACGGGGACAAGAUGAACCUGUACUCGCUGUGUAAAAAGAUCGAGCAGUGUGACUACCCUCCUCUCCCGUCUGAUCACUACUCAGAAGAGCUGCGAAAGCUGGUAGAUAUGUGCAUCAAUCCGGAUCCGGAGAAGCGGCCUGACAUCACCUACGUGUACGGAAUCGCCAAGCACAUGCACGGUCUGACUCUGGCCAACUGAAUCUAUCCAUCCAUCCAUCCAUCCUCCUUCUGCUUCUCCCACUUCUGGAUGAUGUUCGCCAGCCAAAAAAAAAAAAAAAAAAAUCUUCUGUGGCUCAUUGGUUCAUGUUACAGUCAUACGAUUGCUUCAUUACUGCGAGAAGCUUUAAUCCAAACAUGUGCAGGGUGACUUUAACAUCAUUAUCAACUAUUAAUUCUACUUCUGUGUGUAACGCUGAAGCCGGGUCACAGUAAGCGUAAUUAAUACACACACACACACACACACACACACACACACACACACACACACACACACACACACACACACUUUGAUGCACGACUUCAAACCAAAGAUCAGAUAUGAGUAUAAAAUGUAGUGCAUAAACCUUAAAAAUGCACAAAACGGUUCUAAACGUUUUUUUUUUUUUUAAUCCGUAUUUGUCUCGCACACAAAGGAAUACUGAAGCCUAAAGUGUCUCACUGUUCUGUGUAUAUUUUUUUUUUUUUCUUUUUUUUUUUUGGGAUAGUGGUACAGAUGCUGCAACACCCCUGAUUGUUGAAUGUAAUGGCUUUUUUUUUUUUUUUUUUUUCUAUCUGAAACGAAACCAAGCGUCUCAUGACACUCCUUCAGAAACCCUACAAAAAGACUGAAAGUCUCUCUUGGUUUAUAUAAAAAUAAUCUCAUGUUCACCUGAAAACUCGUCCCUGAUUCAGUGGCUUAAAUUGUGUUUUGUAGUUCUAUUAAAAGAGAAUGAAGUCACGGUGUACAUGUUGCAGGUCGCAUGCGCUUUCUGACUAAUCCAGUGCCUUCAGCCUUAAAGAAACAAGGGAACAAACCAGGUGUGAGUUUGUCGUAGAUAUUCUCCUUCACAGACGUCUGUCUGCCUCAAUCACCGGAUACCUUUUAUUACUUUAAUUAAAAAGAAAAGAAUUAAGCCUUUUUAUAUCAUUUUUGAAUGAAACAGCUGUCUCGCUGAAGCUGGCGUCAGGAGUGUGGAAUUCUUCUGAUGCCAUUAUGGACCAGGACUGAUGAAGGAACAUGAAUUAAAAGUCUUCACGUUGAUGAUCAUACGGCUGAACGCACUUUGCGUCUCUUCGGCUAAGACGUAUGACAGACACUGUGUUGCCGGCGUGAACCUCGACGCAAUCAAUUGCGCUACGUGCCUUUUCUCACCUACACCAAACCCCAGCCGUGGUCAGUCUGCUUGGCCUGCAGUACCUGAUCAGAUGAAAUCUCUUUUCAGCCUAAUUAGUUUACUGUUGAGGUGUUUUAGGUUUGUUGGGGUUCCUUUAUAAGCUCAUAUGUUCAUAUAAUAUAUGCUGAGCUCUAGGAGGUUUAUUCACAGAUCAGUCCAUUUGCACGUCUCUCCAUCUUACACACAGCAAGUUAUUCCAUUUCACCGAUGUCCCAUUUGUCCACCCAGACACGUGUCUUACGACCUUCUCGCCUUCUCCACCCUCGUCCGAGUUUCUUUACCUUUCUAACAGCUUUUGUGUUCUGAACCCUUAGCAUCUACAGAACGAUUGAUUUGCCGUGAUAGUAUCCGUGUAAAAUGUUUUAAAAGAGUAGUCAUUUUAAGUGUUUACUUUUUCUUUGUUAUUAUUUAGCUAUAAUCGGUUUAUUCCUCUUUUUUUUUUCUUCCUUAUCAUGUUAACACAAUAACAGUUGCCUCCUGUUGCCUCUUAGAAGCAUAUUUAUCUUGCUAUAAAACUCCGAGACAGAGUGAGGUUCAGGGUGAAGCGUCGUCUCACAGAAGAGCUGAGGCGUGUAUGUAUGUACUGCGUUUAUUGGCAGCGCUUAACGGUGACGUGUUUACAUAUGAAGCCUUUGCAAAACUUGACAGAGAGUGUGUGCUGCGGACGAUAAAGCGCCGGGGCAUGUUCACUAGCGCAUGGGGUCGUGGGUAAUCUACAGUAUAUACAGGCAAAGUACACCAUUGAAAGGAGAAGGUCCAGUCUGCUCGCUGGGGACCGGACGUCACACCGUUGUCCGGCGCUGCUGAACGUGUCUCGGUGCGUCACUCUCUCUGCUUUCACCCAAAACCUUUUUUGGGGGUGGGGGGAGGGGCAAGGGGCAGAAAACCCGCCUGUUUAUUUAUUUAUCAUCAUUGUUGUUUUGAUGUUCUUGAUGUCUAACUCAAGAUUACUUCUUUUCAUGUUAACUGAAAGCGAAAUAAAACAGAACUUCUUUUAA